AUGGAGGUACUUUGCAAGCCAUUCCUUUCCUUUUCUCUUCAUUUUCUUUCUAUUUCUAUCUUUUUUUUAAACAUGUCUGCUUCCAGCAAUUCCUGUUUAUUCCGAAUUUCUUGUUUGCAGACACACACAGUCCAAACGCUCCUCCUCUUUCUCAGAACUAGCCAAUACCAUUCAGGCCAAAUCAUUUCCGCUCUUCAUUUAUUAAAUAUUCUAUUAUUCUUUCUAUUUCCUUCUUUCAUCUUUCUCUGUUUCGCACAAUUUUUUAUCUCUCUCUCUCUCUCUCUCUCUCUCUCUAUCUAUCUAUCUAUCUCAGCCUAUUUUCUUUCUUUCUUUCUUUCUAUCUAUCUAUCUCAGCCUAUUUUUCUUUCUAUCUAUCUAUCUAUCUAUCUAUCUAUCUAUCUAUCUAUCUAUCUAUCUAUCUCAGUCUAUUUUCUAUCUAUCUAUCUAUCUAUCUAUCUAUCUUCUUCUUUCUAUCUAUCUGUCUAUCUUUUUAUCUAUUUCAUACACUUUUCUAUCUCAAUCUAUCUAUCUCAUCUUUUCUUUUCUAUCUAUCUAUCUAUCUAUCUAUCUAUCUCAGUCUAUUCAUUUCUAUCUAUCUAUCUCUAUCUUUCAGUCUAUUCUUAUCUAUCUAUCUAUCUAUCUCUAUCUCUCAGUCUAUUCUUAUCUAUCUAUCUAUCUCUAUCUCUCUCUUUCAGUCUAUUCUUAUCUAUCUAUCUAUCUAUCUAUCUAUCUCUCUCUUUCAGUCUUUUCUUAUCUAUCUAUCUAUCUAUCUAUCUCUAUCUCUCUCUUUCAGUCUAUUCUUAUCUAUCUAUCUAUCUAUCUAUCUACCUCUAUCUCUCUUUUUCAGUCUAUUCUUAUCUAUCUAUUUAUCUAUCUACCUCUAUCUCUCUCUUUCAGUCUAUUCUUAUCUAUCUAUCUAUCUAUCUAUCUAUCUCUCUCUCUCUCUCUCUUUCAGUCUAUUCUUAUCUAUCUACCUCUAUCUCUCUCUUUCAGUCUAUUCUUAUCUAUCUAUCUAUCUCUCUCUCUCUUUCAGUCUAUUCUUAUCUAUCUACCUCUAUCUCUCUCUUUCAGUCUAUUCUUAUCUAUCUAUCUAUCUAUCUAUCUAUCUAUCUAUCUCUCUCUUUCAGUCUAUUCUUAUCUAUCUACCUCUAUCUCUCUCUUUCAGUCUAUUCUUAUCUAUCUAUCUAUCUAUCGUAG